UGUUUCUGCUGUUUAGAGUUGAGAGAGACAGAGAGACACCCGCUGGCUUUACUAAAGUGAAACAGAGCUGAUCUGAGGGUAGUAAAGUGUUAUUUAGAGCUAAUCUGACUUUAAUAAAGUGAGUUAGAUCCGAAUAUUCGAUUCGGAGUUGAUUAAACUGCUUUCAGUUUCUCGGUGAGGAGCUUCGGGAUAUUUUGGAUGAGUGAGAGCGAGGGAGGAUGGAGGAUAGAACGUUACUGCAGAACAUCCGCCGGACCACCAAACCCAGCACCCCUGUACUGAUCAUCUCCAAACUGAUAGUGAUCGCGUUACCCAUCGCUCAGCUCAUCAUUGGUGGGCUGUACCUGCAUAAGUGCCCCAUUCAGCCGUACAUCCCCAUCUACCUGCUGGUGUCGGGGGCAUUUUCGGUGGCUCUGGCAGUCCUGUCGUGCCUGCCCUGUACACAGGAGCCGGAGGACGGGAGUCAGAGCGCCCUCAGCAGCCUCUGCACCGCCUGGAACUCGCUCGUCACGCUGUUCCUCUUCUGCUGGUUCAUCGCAGGUAACGUGUGGAUCUACAGUGUUUACCAGCCGAGUUACGACCCGAGUGCUUCAGCUUACUGCGCUAAGGUUCUCUACCUGUUCUCCUUCUGGACCACCACGCUGGUCUACAUCCUGCUCGGAUUCGCCCUGGUGAUGGGCUGCUGUGGGUUACUCUGUAUGUGCGUGUGUGGGCGGUCCGGUCUGAGCAAUGACUCUGACGGAGUCUAACUGACCACUCCUCCGUCCAGCUGCUGUUUCUGAAAGGAGGAACCUUUGGAGUAACUUAGUUAUAUUUGUUUUGUUUUGUUUUUGGGGGGCUGACAAACACAGAGCUAGAACAGUGGGGGCACCUUCAGAUUUAAAUAUUUACAUUAAAUUGAUAGUUUGGCUGAAAAAAAUCUCUACAUUAGCCUCGUAGCCUCCAUGCUAAUUGGUGAGGUAUCUGCAUCCAUAACUACACCGUAUAUUUAUAUGUGCAUUUCUCAAGUAAACAGUUCCGUCUCAAUUCCCAUUUUUUCUGGGGUUUCGCUUUAAAAUCUUUGGUUAAUCAUGCAAUAAAGCUGCCUUUAAAGAACAGCUCGAACAAACAUGCUAACAUGGCUAACGACAUAUGGAAGCCGUUAGCAGCCUGUUGGCCUGACUCUGCUUGUGUAAUGCUAAUCGGUGAUUAUUCACUUGCACUUACUGUAAGCGACAUUAGCUUUUUCUGCCUGAACUGUUCCUGCAGCUCAGAUUUAGCACAUCUGCACCGUCCAGCUGUUUGUGUUACUGCUGUGUCUGUUUAUGAAUAAACACACUUUACAGCUGUCUGUGUACAAUAAACACUGUUUAUGUUCAUUUUAUUCAUUUAUUCACAUAACAUGCAAAAGUAAACACAAUAUUACACACAGAACACUUUCUGAAAAAAACACAUGCAACAAAUUCUGCUGCGAUUGUAGAAAAUAAACAAAUAAACAGAAGAUGAACAAAGAAA